GGGCGCGGGGGCCGGAGGAGGCGCGAGAAACAACGAAACGCGUGUGACACGGCACGGCACGGCACGGCAGUCGGCAGUGUCGGCACCCUCGGCCCGUCCCGUCCGUCGCGCUCACGCGGCCGGGAACGCGCGCACCGACGAGGCACAGGGAGGCGGCGCCAACCACCCGCGUGUUCACGGGCGACGAGCGUCGCCGUCGUCGCCGCCGCACCGUUCGACCGACGGUACGACGCACAAAUGACGAGCCGCGCGGCGAGACCAGGCGAGCCGCGGCGCGAUGGCAGUGUCCUUUAACCGGUACCUGCCGGUGAUCCUGCCGGAGGUCGACGACAGCGGGCCCGGCGGCGCCGUCGCCGCGGCCGACGUACGCGCCUCGUACGCCACGGAUGAGACCGUCGCGAGGAGCGGCUCGACCAGCACCACCACCAUCGGCGGCGGCGGCGGAUCGGCAACGACGACGACGACGACGACGACGACGACCUCCGUAGCGACGCCGGCGGUCACGGUGACGAAAUCGGCGGUCACGGUGCCGUUGUGCGUCCUGGGCGAGGUGCAGCUGCGCUUCCUCUGCCCCGACGACCUGGAGGAGGUGCGCUCGCUCUGCCAAGACUGGUUCCCCAUAGAUUAUCCUUACUCGUGGUACGAAGACAUCACAAGCUCGUCGAGGUUCUACGCGCUCGCGGCAGUCUACGGCGGCGUGAUAAUAGGGCUGAUCGUCGCUGAGAUAAAGCCCUACGCCAGGCUGAACAAGGAGGACCGCGGCAUCUUGUGCUCCAGCCUGGGCAAGAACUGCCUGGUGGGCUACAUACUCAGCCUGGGGGUGCGUCGCGCCUACAGGAGAAACGGCAUCGCCUCGCUGCUGCUGGAGCAGCUGCUCGCCCACGUCACCGCGCCCGAACGUUCCUCCGUAAAGGCAGUCUUCCUACACGUGCUCUCCAGCAACGCUCCCGCUAUAUUGUUUUAUCAGAGGUGCCACUUCCGGCUGCACAGCUUCCUACCGUACUACUACUCGAUCCGGGGCAAGUGCAAGGACGGCUUCACGUACGUCCUCUACGUCAACGGCGGCCACGCGCCCUGGGGCAUCUGGGACUGGGUGCGUCACCUGGCCGGCGCGAUGACCAGCCUCGUGCCGUGCAGGGUGCCGCGGUGGAUCUGGCAGCGUCUCUUGUGGGCGACCACCGUUCUCUCUUACCACAGAUGAUACAUUUUGUGAUUUGUUAUGUUCCAUUACGUAUUUAUUUUCCUCCUUUGGAUUCUAGAGAUGUUAUAGAGUGUGCAAAGUGCCAUGCGCUGGUCGACGUUACGAGCGGGUUCGCGUAGACGGCCACGGCGCGGCCGUACCAUUUUAUCGCGUAGUUCUGCGUGCCGAUGCAAAGUUAGAAGAAAGGAAAAAACAUGGACGCUGGAUGCUACGAUUCGAUUUACGUAACGCGAACGGAUAUUAAAGUUUGUCGAAAGUUCGGGCAGCGAGGCUUCAGAGUACCUUAGCACGGCUUCUGUUAUCAAGAAUUGCUAGUUGUUGAACACAUACCGUUAUAAUACUAUUGUAAUAAUACUAUAGUUCGCAUGUAACUGCCAAAAAUAAUUAAGUUGAGAUUUUUGCAUAAUAUCUAAUAUAUAUAUAUAUAUAUAUAUCUUCCAUUGUUUCGAAAGAUUUAUAAUGUUAAAUCGUUGUUAAUUUUAACGAAGGCACAAAAUUCCAGAUUAUACUUCACCAUUUUUUUACUCGAGGAUUCGCGUAACGUUUUACCUAAUUUAGGACGUGUAUCGAAACUUUCUCAGAUUUGUAAUCUUCAAUUUUCUACCAGGAAGUCCGGAAAUUGAAAAUCGUAGAGCGAAUUAUGAUUUUUUAAAGUAAAAAUGAUUUAAAAGACUGCGUCGUUACGAUUCAUACUUUGUAUACCUCUGCUGCCAUCGAUUGUAUAAUAUAUGUAUAAACUGUGUAUAUAUUUUGUAUAUUAAAUAAACACUUAAUAUCUUAACAUGAAAUAACGGGAGUAAGACGGACUGAUGAUUCAUCCUGACGGAUUGUCUUAAACUGCAGUGGAAUAUGUUUAUACCGCAGGAAUUAUUUUAAAAAACGCGUCAAUAAUAUGGUCCAGCUAUAAUGCGACUUGUGGGCAUUUAAGGUCGUUCCACAUUGAUCCAAUCGAGAUAAUGGAUCUCCAGGUAUUCUCGCAUGUCCAUGAAUAAGACAAAAUUAGUUUACAUAUGACAGAGUAGACAGCCAUUUUUUCUCCGUGGUAUAAAUUUAAGCGCACUUAAAACUUGUAACAUGAAAAAUAGCGGUGUGUCGUAACUUGUGUAUAGCUAAACUGCCAAUUAGCAUUUUACGAAUGAUGUAGAAAUCUGUUAGCAAUUUUUUUUAAAUACAAUUUUGAAUAUCUAUAUUGCGCAAUUAUUUCUCUAUUUUAU